UUUCUUAGGCCUGAAGAAGGACUCCUUGCAAAGCCAAUACUACUCCUACUUGGGAUUUAACUACCUCGGGUCUGUUGUAAAGCUGGCAGGUGAAUUGUUGUCAGCUGCACGUAUAAUAUGUUGGCUUCAUGGAGGAACUCAAGUUGACCCGCCCAACACAACAGUCUUCUCAGCGUUCCUUCCUGUAACGUUCUAACUGGUAUCUGACUGUGGUAAGUGGAUCUAGAAGUAUGGAGGAGAGGCACAGGAAAAUCCUGAAAGGGAAGUUCAAAGACCUGACCAGGGACCUCAGACCUGACGAUAUCAUGGACCACUUGGUGCAGGAAGAUAUCCUAGACUUAAGCGACCUGGAGUUGGUGCGGGCACAACCAGUGAGCAAGCUACAGGUGGAGAAACUACUGAGUAUCCUUGUUUCCCGGGGUCCCAGUGCCUUCCAUGUGUUUCUGGAGUCUCUUGAAGACCGGUACCCGUGGCUGUACGAUGAUAUGAAAGAAGAAGAUGAGAACACGAGCCCAGGAAGUGACGAAUACAUCACUCCCAGUGAUGCACGCCGUCCCGUACAAGAAACAAGAAGGACGUCGGGCUUACGCCAAAGAAGCGGCCGUACCGAAGACGACACCCGUACCACGCGCCUUACCCCGCGUCCUGAGCCCGUGUACGUCCCUCCUGAAGUCGCCAGCAAGCGGGUCACCGAGAAACAGCUAAACACCUUGGCCGGAAACUUGGGUUUGGAGUGGGAAGACCUGGCCAUACACUUGGAUAUGAAGAAGGCAGAUGUGGACAGGUUCAAGGCAGAGAACCCCUUCAACAUGAGGUCCCAAGCCUUCUCCAUGUUAGUCGCAUGGAAGGCCAGACAAGGGACGAACGCAACCGUGAGGGAGCUAGUGGACAAGCUUGAAGACUACAGGAUUGACCAAGAAAAAAUCAGAUCUAUCAUAACGUAAACAAAUAUGGCAUAGAUGAUCCGGAGUCAGUAAGUUAUGAUCAGGGCAUGGGGGCAGUAACUUCUGAAAUACACAGUGAUAUUAUUGAAUCAGAUAUGAUGAUGGUGGCUUGUCAUGUACAUGUACAUUCCUUUAACUAGGCAAUGUCCGGUGUCCUAUAUGACACAACGCAAAAUAACAAAAAAAUGAAAUAAAAUA